UUACCCCGAAAACAAACAAGGGAACCGGUCGCGCGAUCCAUCGGAGAAUUUCUCAGCCAAAUGGAAAAAACGGUCGAUAGUCAUUGAGGAAUACUCGAUAAGCAAUGAACGUCAGGGAAGUUGGAGAGGUGGGGAGAGCUGAGGAGGAAUAUAAGAAAAACGUAGAAUGGAUUCCUUGCAUGCGAACGUCUUUCCUGACCGGAAUUUCAUCGGGACUCGGUGCCGGGAUCUUAUUCUUCCUCUUCACAAGUCGCUCGUCACAAUCCGUGAGCGUCGGCGCAACGGUCAAUCUGGUCGUCACGCUCGGAAGAUACUUUCAGUGCAGAUGGGACCGAUCGCAGAGCGCGUUCGAAGCUCGAAAAAUGAAGCACGCCCUCACUACGAUGAGUGAGCUCCGUGGAACCGAAGAGGAUCCUGAACUUGAAAGAAGAGGGGACUAGUUCAUGUAAUUU